ACUAUGAUGGCUUAAAAAGAAUUUGAAUCUAAAAUGAUUUGACAGGUGCUAACAGUUCGUGACAGUUUGUUAUUCAACAACUCGCAGUUCUUCCUCUCACUUUUUUUAAAAAUGCAAAAUCCUGACCGUCGUCGAAAUCGUAAUCGAAACCAGUCGAAUCGGAAUUCGAAUCAGAGAAAUAGUAAUUCCGAAACUAAUUCACCUCAAACAGAAGUCGUCGAUCGAACAGCUGAUGGAGCUGAAAAUCCUGAACCAUUCGAUGAAAGUGAUCCAGAAAAUGAAGAAUUGGCAAGACUACGAUGUUCAAGUGUCCAAACAGAAGUUAUAUCUGAAAGAAAUAGACGUAAUAGGCAACGUAGUGCUGGCUAUCCAGGAUUAGCUUUCGGGGCAUCAAUUUUUUCAUCUGGCACGAUGAUGAAAUUUAGCAUAAUUGCAAAUGAAUUACAUAACAUCAUGAAUGUUCAGCUAAAAAGGGCUGAAGGUGAAGUUGCUGCCUUGAACAGGCGUAUCCAGCUGAUUGAAGAUGACAUGGAACGCUCCGAAGAACGUCUUAAAAUCGCCAGCGCAAAAUUGGAAGAAGCUUCUCAAUUGGCUGAUGAAAGUGAACGUAUGCGUAAGAUGCUUGAGCACAGGAACAUCGCUGAUGAAGAGCGUAUGGACUCCUUGGAAGAUCAGCUGAAGGAAGCUAGGCUGAUGGCUGAGGAGGCUGACCGCAAAUAUGAUGAGGUCGCUCGUAAGAUGGCCAUGGUUGAAGCUGAUCUGGAACGUGCUGAAGAGCGUGCCGAGACUGGUGAAAACAAAAUCGUUGAGCUUGAGGAAGAAUUGCGAGUUGUGGGUAACAACUUGAAAUCUCUAGAAGUCAGUGAGGAGAAGAAUCAACAAAAGCAUGAGGCUUAUGAAGCUCAGGAACGCCUUAUGAAUUCUCGUUUGCAACAGGCUGAGGCUAGGGCUGAAUUUGCUGAGAGAUCUGUUCAAAAGUUACAAAAGGAAGUCGACAGACUGGAAGACGAACUGGUCCAAGAGAAGGAGAAAUACAAAGCCAUCUCAGACGAAUUGGACCAAACAUUCGCCGAGCUUACUGGAUACUAAAGAUCUUUCGCUUCCACGCCUUGUGUAUUUCUACAAAUUCCAUUUUAUAUGUUUCUCACUUUUUGUUUUGGAUGGCAACAUCUUUCAUCCACUCUAUCACUUGAAAGCGAUCGUGACUCUUUUCUUGUUUUGUAUAUCCACAACA